UUUGAAGUUUCCAUUGUCGACAUCUGCACUUCCACGCAGUUCGGCAUUUUUUUGUUCAGGAGGUCGCUAGGUAUCUAGGUACCGAGGGACAUACCUCUGUAGUUAUGCAGGUACAUACCAACGGCAUUAACAAAGGCGGCUGCGCCCUCUUCUCCGACAUGCAUGUUCCUCGGCCGUUGGGUGUUGGCGGAGUGUUGGCCGAGCCACAUCUGAUACUUCAGUCCUCAUCCCAAGUGCCCGAACUCUUCCUCCUAUACAUAUCAAAACCUUUGCUUCGUGGUUCAUCUUAGUUCAUCUUCUUACCUUUCCUCUUAACCUUGUUGACCAACCCGGUUACCUCAGCAUCUCAAGGAUGGGCAUUCCCACAGCACAACAAGCCGACCCGCUGGGGGAGAAUGUUCGGUUAGAUGAAGCUGUUGUUGCCAAACUCCCGCCCAACUCCAAUGUCCUUUCUGUGGGUUCUGGGGGACCAAGCCUACGGGUCAAGAGGGUGAAGAUCGUGGCCCAGUUGGAAGAUGGUAGCACCACGGAAUUCUUUGCAAAGGGAGCCUCUGGGCCUACCGGGGCGGGUAUGAUGAAAGGGGCAUUCGAAGCAGAGCAAGCCCUAUACGACUGCAUUCCCAAACGGGUACCCAAGCCCGCCGCAUGGGGAACUUAUGCCAGCGAACCGGAUACCCAUUUUUACCUAUGCGAGUUUGCAGAGAUGCGAGACGAAGUCCCGAGCGCGAAUGGCUGGGCGACCGCCGUCUCUGAGCUUCACCUCGCCAGCCAAGGCAAAUCUCCAACUGGACAAUUCGGGUUUCACGUCACGACGUAUUUAGCGAACGUCCCCGUCAAAAACUCGUGGAACCCAUCAUGGGAGGCGUUUUGGGCUCAGCAGAUGAAGAGCCUCUUCGAUCAGGAGGAAUCGGUCAACGGUCGGGACGAGACCCUGGCAGAGCUCAGGGCUGCAUACUUCGAGAAAGCCAUUCCGAGGUACCUGGGACCGCUCGAAAGCGAGGGCAGAUCCGUCAUCCCGUGUCUCCUCCACUCUGACCUCUGGCCGGGAAACAUCAAACCGAGAACGGCCACGGGUGAACUCUGCUUGUUCGACGCGUGCGCGUACUGGGGGCACAAUGAAGCUGAUCUGGCCGUCUGCUACAACCCAAGAUACAAGCUCGGCCGACCUGCCUUGGACGAGUACAAGGAACUUGUGGACCCGUCAGAUCCCGCCACAGAUUUCUAUGAGAGGAAUGCUCUAUAUGCCAUGAAAUACCACGUGCUGUUGAGCAUCAUGUAUUCGGACAACAGGGCGUUUCGGGAGAAGCUGACCGAGGAACUCAAACUACUCCUUAGGAAGUUGGGUGGCGAUUCGUCUAUCUGGAAGCCGGAGGAAGCUGAGCGGUUGUAAGCGAUGGGUUUUGUAUUAUGUUGGGCAUUAGAUUGCUGGCUUGUACUAAUUAUCUAAUGUAGUACGCACCGUAGCCACUUUAACCAUCGCGUCUAGAGCCCGAACAAACAUGAUAGGUUUUGAUAA